CGGGCGGCCGGGCGCGGCUCCGCGGCGGUGUCCAGGGCGGGCUUGGGGGAGCCAUGGCGUCGGCGUUCUCCGUCAGCGCCUUCCCCGUCAGCAUCCCCGCCGUGCUCAUGCAGACAGAUUGGACCGAGCCGUGGCUCCUAGGGCUCGUGCUCUUCCACGUGCUCUGCCUGUUGCUCACCUGUUUCUCCUCGCAGAGGUAUAACCUGCAGGUCGGACAUUUCCUGUGUCUAGUAAUCCUGGUCUACUGUGCUGAAUAUAUCAAUGAAGUGGCAGCAAUGAACUGGAGGUUGUUUUCAAAAUACCAGUACUUUGACUCCAGGGGCAUGUUCAUCUCCAUAGUGUUUUCAGCUCCUCUGCUGUUGAACGCCAUGAUCAUUGUGAUGAUGUGGGUCCGCAAGACUUUGGCCGUGAUGGCCGACCUGAAGAGCCUGCAGGAGAAAAGGAAGCGAAGGAGGAGGAAGGAGGACUGAGGUCCCGCGGGAACCUUGGACUUGAUGGCGGUUUCCCCUGUGCUGUGGCUGCCUCACUGCGAGAGUGCACAGGUGCCUUCCUGAGUAGCUCGCCUGUGGGUUGAAAAAUGGUUCAUUUUUUUUUCUGAUAUCUUUAGGCUAAAGAUGAUUUUUAAAACAAACACUGCUCUGUCCACCAGAAUGCUCCAUCCUGGGAACGUCCAGGGUCUUAUCUGGUUGAGCCACUGGAAGAGUCUCCUUGCAGAGCCCUUUGGAGUUUGUUCAGUUCACAUCAUUUAUGUAGUUAGGUUCCUGGUAAACAGUGUUGGGCACGGGAAGCUGCGUAGCAAACAGCCAUUCUCCUGUGGCACCAUUGCAGCCAGCAUGUUGGUUGCCCCAGAGGACGUGGGGCGUGUUUAGCUGUCACCAGUGGAGGAGAGCCCCUCGUAUGCACAGGGUUGCCACCAGCCACCUCUAGUGACUCACAGUGUGGGCAGUGUCCAGGUCUGGUGACCUUUGGAGCAGGUCUUGAAAAACAUGAUGUGUCCUAAUGAAGUGGCCAGUGCCCGUGAGGACAGGCCCUUUGAAAGUUGGGGGCUACAUCACUGAAGAUACUUUGAGGUAAAGAUACAGGAAGAGAGUGAAAACUGUGAAGUCAGAAUUCUCUGGCAGAAAAUAUCUUGAGAGAGCCCUUUGUGUUUUCCAGGAUGCAAAAUUAGAAAUAGAGAAAUGGUAAUUCAGUCAGGAUAUUUACGAUGAGUGCAAACCGACUGAUUCCUUCCUAAGUCAUUUCCCCUGCAGUUCCUGCUCAGGGAUGGAGCAGGGGUGCCACAGCUCUGCCACAGCUCUGCCACGCUCUGCCCAGCACCUCCCAUGGGGCUCACUGGGGCUCCGACAGAUCCAGUCCUGCCUACAAUACAGCGUGUGCAGGAGGGGAUGCUGUUGGCUCUUAAUUCUGGUUUAAAAAAUAAUCUUAUGAUUAGGUGCCUUAAUCUUAACAAGAUUUUUCCCUUAAGUAAAACAUUCUUUGAUUUUUUAAAUUUACAAAAUUGAAAGCAUUUGGAUUUAGAAGAUUGAAAAUUGACAGUUUUACUAGAUUAUAAAUUGUCUUGAAAUCCAUAUAGUGUUUUAUAGCUUGAUAUGAUUUUUAAGCUCUUGGUAAAGAAUCUAUUUCCUUGUUCUGACAAUUGUUUACUUGAGCCAAUGGAACUUUCUAGAGGAAUCCACCAGAGCCUGUGGCUGGAGCAGCUUCAUUCCUGUCUUGUUCAGUUUUUGCAUUGAACAUAAAAUGUGAUUUAAAAAAUAGCAUCCUGUAGUAAAUCAGAUUCUAACCUGUACCCGAUGCUGUUGUGUGCCUUGUGCCUCAAGUCAAAUAUAAUUGUGCAUUUCUGAAAAUUGCCACCUCAGGAGGUUUAGCCCUGUUACGGCUUCAGAAGAGCUCACUGCAUCGCAAGUUGGUUUCAUGGAAAGUGAAAACAAGUUGGACCAGUCACAUCUGAGGACACAGCUUGGCAAUGGAGGACAAGUCUGCGUGGAGUGGAGACAGGCUGAGGCUGAGUGGCGCAGGACGUUGUUGAAGGUGGUGCCUCGGCCCUGCCUGCGCAGCACGGCUGUGUAGCUAAUGGAAGAAAAACCAUGGAACUGGGCGCUGUGUUUUCACUCACCAUCUGUAUGUUGUGUAGGUUGUUUAAAUAUGGGACUGUCUGACUGAACCUGUUUUCCUGUGAAAAGACAUACAGCAGUAUGGUUUUGCAUUGAUCUAAUGUUAAUGACCUGUUAAUGUGCAUCUGUGACAUGGACUAGGGCCUUUUUGGUUUUCAUUCUGAGUGUGUUCUUUGGAACAGUUAUAUUUUGAUUUUGCAAAAACAAACUUCACUGUAUUUUUUAACUUCAAUAAAUGCAAGAAUGGG